CCGACCCGCUUAGUCAGCACACGACACACAUCGAUUUUCGGAGGUUUCGUCUCUCUAGUCUCUAGCUCUAUUACCUGCUGAUUGAUUAUGGCUAUCAAAGCAAACUGAGUUCUACUACGAAUUUUUCCAGAGACUUCUCCAUCAAAUCAAAGUCGCUCUUCAAUCCAAGAUUAUCUCUGUAAGUUUAAUUCUUCGUUAUUUCGAAUGAAUCCAUUUUUAAGGAGAAAUAUUUGCUAUUUUCUUAAGAAUAAAUUCAUUAAUAAUGAAGCUUUUAGCUUGAAAUCCUUGCACAAUGCGAAAAUCCCAAAUCCGAGAAAUACACAGUUCGGAAAAUCUCCAGUUUUUGAUUCUAGGGUUUGUGGGGUUUAUUGGGUUCGUUCAUUUUCGACGCAAUCUAAUGAUAAACUUCCUGAAUAUGAAAUGCCGUCUGUUACUUGGGGAGUUGUUCAAGGUCGCAAAGAAAGGCUUGUUUCAAAAGUUAUUAUAUGUGAUUAUUUAAAGACUUUGGGGGUUAUUACUGAUGAAUUAGAGGAUAUUGAGUUGCCCUCUACUGUUGAUGUUAUGAGGGAAAGAGUGGAGUUUUUGCAGAAGUUAGGGUUGAGUAUCGACGAUAUUAAUGAGUACCCGUUGAUGCUCGGUUGUAGUGUUCGAAAGAAUAUGAUCCCGGUGUUGGGGUAUUUGGAAAAGAUUGGGAUACCUAGGGGGAAAUUAGGGGAGUUUGUGAAGAAUUACCCACAAGUUUUACAUGCUAGUGUGGUGGUUGAACUUGUUCCGGUGAUUAGGUUCCUUCGCGGGCUUGAUGCUGAUAAAGAAGAUAUUGGAUAUGUGUUGCAAAAGUAUCCUGAAUUGUUGGGGUUUAAGCUUGAAGGUACGAUGAGUACAUCGGUGGCGUAUCUUGUUAGUAUUGGGGUGAACCCUAGAGAUAUUGGGCCAAUGGUGACACAAUAUCCGUAUCUUUUGGGGAUGAGAGUAGGAACGAUGAUUAAACCACUUGUUGAGUACUUGGUUUCAUUGGGUUUGCCAAAGAAGAUAUUGGCACGAAUGUUUGAGAAGCGGCCAUAUGUUAUUGGUUAUGAUUUGCAAGAAACUGUGACACCUAAUGUUGAAUGUUUGAUCAGCUUUGGCAUAAGUAGGGAAAAAAUUCCUUUGAUUAUAGCACAAUACCCACUGAUUCUUGGGUUGCCUUUGAAGGCAAAAAUGUCAAGCCAGCAGUACUUUUUCAAUUUGAAGCUCAAGAUUCAUCCGGAAGGUUUUGCACAAAUUGUCGAGAGAAUGCCUCAGAUAGUUAGCCUUAAUCAGCAUGUUAUUAUGAAACCUGUUGAGUUUCUUAUAGCACGGGGUAUACCUGCUGAGGAUGUGGCUGAGAUGCUUGUGAGAUGUCCACAAGUAGUGGCUAUGCCACUUAUGAUCAUGAAGAAUAGUUUUUACUUCUUCAAGAGUGAAAUGGGUCGUCCUAUAAAAGAGCUAGUCGAGUUUCCAGAGUACUUUACUUAUAGCUUGGAAUCCCGAAUUAAACCUAGAUAUCAGAGAUUACAAAGUAAAGGGAUCAGGUGUUCCUUGGCAUGGUUUCUCAAUUGCAGUGAGAAAAGGUUUGAAGAAAGACUUCAGGCUGAUUAUUUUGAAGCUGAGAGCUCUGGCCCCACAUUCAACAUGGGUGGGAAGUUAGAACUGCCAGGAAGUUAUAAUGUAACAGAUGAAGAAGAUGAAAGUGAGGAUGAAGUGCUCUAUAGGCGCACUGUUUCUCUGUAGUUUUGUUUGUGUUGCAUAACUAUGUACCAAAUAUGACAAAGAUUUAAUGAAAGUCAAACUUUAUUCA